AUGAAACCUGUUCUACGGCAUAUUGCCCAGGGAAAACAUACUGGCUCACAUCGACUGAAAACUAUAAUUAGUAUUAUUUGCAAUUUUGCAAUCAGUUUUACUUCCGUUUAUUUCUAUUUCCCAAGAAAAUUUUUGUUACACACUUUUUCUUGGUUUUACUUUGUCUUCGGUUUAGACUACGGUUACAAGCUAUUCGAAAAAAUUCAAUUGGAUAAGCUCAAUAAAAGAUUAAAAUCCAGUUCCACAGAUAAAUUAUCAAUGAAGGAGCCAGAUUUGAGACUUUUCAUUGACCUACUGCAAAAAUCUUGGUUGAUCUUCCCCUUUUGCUUCUCAUUCCUCUGGAAAUUUUAUAUUACAGAGCCUGAAAGAGUUCAUGGUUUACCAAUGAAGCUUUUUUCUUUGAUGAACCAGCAGUUUAAUCUAGCAACGGGUAGCAGUGACUUCAUUAGCGAGCUUCGUUCUCUGUUUUACAAUAACCACAGAUUUGAUCCCCAAUUCAGCGGUAUAUUAUUAAAGGCUCUCCCUUCUUGCUUCAUCACAUUAAUGAAGAUGAUAAUUCCAGUUAUAUUUGCUAAGAAUAUUCUCAAAUACUUAAAAGGUGGCCAUAAAUUUGAACUUGAAAUAAAGAGCAUCUUGGACUUGUUCAUGGCUACAAUUAGGGAGUCACUAAAAUUGACUUUAUUUUUGGCAGGAGUACCCUUUUCAAGUUUCGUUUUAACUACCAUUUUGGCACCACUAAUGGCAGCCGAUAAAAGAAGCCUUCAAAUCAUAGGGUUUAUAAGUGGCUCUUUAGCUAUAAUUUACAAAGGGAAAAAAAGGACCGACUUUGAUCCUGACAGCUUAGUAUGCUUUACAAACAGGGAAGCCUGGCUUAACAUACUUCGAGAAGUUACUAUAGCAGCAACUUCUCCAUGUCUCUUACAGAGCUCCAAUAUGGAGCUCCUAGAUAGACUCUCAUUCGCUGCAGGACUAACUACCAUAUUGUCUAUUUAUGACUAUCAAGCAAUUCUAAAUAAUCCAGCACGAUCAGUAUUGAAAGACGCUAAAUUUCUUUCAUUUUUGAGCAGACUGGUAGAUGAAUCUAACAUGUUUCUGUUCGAAUGA